CCGCAUUGUCUCUUCCGACACCACUUCCUUCCGCAACCGAUCCAAGCAAUCAUUGCAAUAUUCCUUUUGUCAACUUGCGGAUCUUUCCGGGGACAGAAUUUUGAGUCUCGUCCAAAUUUUACAAAAUCUCUAAUUGAUGGACAGAAUAAGUCUCACGGAUUUGAGGCGACAAUUUUUCGGACCAACGCUAGACGAAAGCAUUCUAUAUGGGGUGGAUGGUUUGAUAGCUAAUAUUGGGCAUGAUGAUGACGAACAUAGAAAGGUAGAUCGAACGUCCGCCAGAAAGGAUUCUAAAGAUGACUCAAAUCAUCGAGAAAUCAAAACUCCAUCUGAAGACAUAAAAACUAUUCUGAAUAAAGAUGGAAAACGUAACUCGACCAGUACCUCGAAAAGCGAUGGUUCUGGAAAUACUUCGCUAUCCCAUUCGAUCCCUUCUGAAAAACAGAGAAAAAAAUCCACUGAUUCAGAUUCUAAACAUAGUAAAUCAGCAGAACGUCAAAUUAAGCAGAACGGUGAAAAACGGGCAUCAGUUAGUUCAUCAGAAGAUGCAAAAUCUCCAGGAAAAGUUUCAUCAAUGGAGGAAGAUCAUCAAUCUGAUCUACAGAAACAUAAAUCUACAGGAAACGCCGAUGAAAAGGCAUCGAUUGCUUCGACCCGAGGAGGUUCAUCAAAAGGAUCGAUCGACGAAAAAAGAAUUUUAGAUGGCCAUAACAAAUCAAACAUACUGACAGAAGUCGUUGAAAGUUUUGGAGAAUGCACAGAAAAGGAGGAAGCAACGAGUUUAAUUUCCAAUAAAACAGAUUUGUAGCAAUGAAAUAUAAAAUAGCUUGAUUUUAC